UCCUCGGGUCCUGGCGAUGCAGCUUCUGUGUCUGUGACUCCAGUGUGCUCUGCGCUCACGUCCUCGUCGCCCGCGCCGUCCGCAUCUCGUCCUGUGCUCGCGCCGCACUCCUCUUCGUGUUCGUGUGUGUUUGUGCCCCCAUCCGCUCCCUCCCGCAGUGACGCUCGUCGAUGCUCCUCCGACGCUCGCGCCCUUGUCGAUCAGGUCAUGUCAACCGGUGUUCAUGUGGCGCUAGAAUUGCUGACAUUAGCGUUCGUCGUGGUUGGCACCCCUGGACUUAGCGAUAUCGUGCAAUUAACUGCGGAGCCGGAUUUCAAGUCCGUGACGCUGCGAUGGGAGUAUGCACGGAGCGUCCCCAUUUUGUACGGAUUUCAAAUAAACUAUUGCGAAAUGCAGGCAUGGGGGCCGAAUAGGUGUCGUUCGAAGGUCGUAGACAAGACUCGGGAUGAGAUGCAGGCAGGCGGCAGCAAGCGGGACCACCAACUGCACACGGCCACGGUCAACGGUCUGCGCAUGUCUACCAACUACACAUUCGAGGUUCGACCUCUCGAGGAGAAGAAACAGACAGACUCCAAGAUCCAUUCCAAACGCAUUGUCGUCCCUACCAAAGGCUUUUCAGCGAAAGCGAGCCUGUGCCUGCCGGACGUGUCUGAGGUGGAGGUCUCGACGGGCCCGCACUUCGGGGGCCGGAUCUCCGUGGAGCCGGUCGGCGGGAAGGAGGACCCCUCGAAGGAGGACCUGUGCGCCAUCAAAGGCGAGGCGGACAGCGCCCGCGACUCCUACAUCCUGCGCAUCGACCACAAGCUCUGCGGGAGCAAGGUCAACCGCACCACCGUCCAGACGUUCAUCCUCGUCCAGGAGAACCUCCCCAUCCUCACGCACAGCACGCGCCGCUUCCUCGUCCUCUGCACCUUCCAGCCGGAGACCCUCACCGUCAGGGCCGGGAUCAACUUACCUCACCACCAUGGAAAUUAUCACCACAGAGAGCCUCCGUCAAACUUCGGAUCUUAUCAUUUGAACGAUGUCAACGGUAACGAAUUGUCUGGGAAUGACGUUCACGCGGCGGCGCUGCAGCAAAGUCUGGACCCCCAGUCGGCGAGGCAUUAUAAUCCAGAAGAAUCAGAAGCUCGGAUCGUGUUGAUGCUAAUGCUCGUUAUGAUGAGUUCAGCUGGUCUCGGUCUGGUGGUAUGGUGGUUCUUCCCAAAAUUAAAGCCUGCGUCCAGAUUCCAACCAUCCAGUUCCUCGAUAUCCUCGGACGACACAGUCUCCUGCUUCGACAACGACGCCUACUUCCUCCGCGAGCGGGACGACCUGUCCAUCGCCGAGUCCAACUUCGCGGCGGCCCUCGAGGACGACAACCCCGGCCCGGCCCCUCCGCCUCCACCCCCGCCCAUCGCCGGGGGCCACCCCCGCCAUCACGCCCUCCGGCAAGGGGUCUGCAACGAGGUGCUCAUCCACCAGAUCCUCACCUCCCCCCGGCCCGCCACCCUCAACCAGACCAAGAUAUCCAUCGGAGAGCCCUCCCAGUCCGAGGCUUGAGAUCAUUUCGCAAAUUGAAAACGAGAUGAUUUUUAUCACAUUUUAUAAAAUCCUUCAGCAUGAUUAUUGAAAUUGAUAGACAAAGCUAUAGACAAAGAAGACGAGAGGGGUAUGGAGGGAUCUUAUCGG